AUGACAGACCCCAUUUUUGGAGUUGAGAUAAGUGAAUUUGUGGCUAAUCGUCAAUAUGCUAAAAUUCAAUAUUUAUAAGAGGAAAACAAACAAUUAUAAGAUUAAUUGAAGGAUAUGGAAAAAGCAUUAAAAUUGAAUAAAGAAAUUCUUCGUUUAACACUUAAACAAAAGUAUAAAUACUUUAAUAUUAAAUAAGUCUAAACAAUUCAACUAAUUCAACAAAUUCUAGUGAAUAAAUAGAAACUAUUCAAUUGUAAAUGAAAUUACAUGAAGAAAACGAAAUGCUCAGAAAAUAAAUGAAUAAAUUGACAGAUGAAAGAAAUAUAGCUCAAAAUAAAGUAAGUAUUUCAAUAAAACAUUAAAGGUUUUGUUGUAAUAGCAAAUAUCUGAAGAAAAUUAAGCGUUUUAUAAAGAUCUAAUUAUUGAAUUAGAAGAAAAGCUAGCUGAAUUGAGAAGAUGCAUCUAAGAUAAAGAAUAUACAAUUUAAGACAUUGAAAAAAAUAGAGGUUUGAUUGAUAAUGGAUAGAUGGUAAAAAUUAGAGAGAUUGUAACACCACAUGAAUAAUCAUUACGAUUACAUGAAGAAUUAGAAUCUACUAGAUAAAUUUUAAAUAAAAUAUCUCAAGAAUCACAGAAUUUACAAGAAUAGAAUAAAUUACUUAAGGACCUAAAUUAAGUAUAUAUGAUGUUUUUAUUAUUAGAAUUUAUAAAGAGAAUUACUUAAAAACAAAAUUAUUUUAAGAAGUCCUUUAGCAUAUUAUAAGAUGAAAAGUAACAAAAUCUCUAUAAACAUAAGACAUUAUUUAUAAUGAUGAUUCAGGUCAUUCUGAUGAUAAUCUAUAAUAUCAUUAUCAAGUCUUUUAGAAUUAAAAUUUUAAUCAAGUUCCAAAUGAAAAAGAUCCAUAAAAUUAAUUUGAUUUGGGUGGAUUCUAAUAAUAAUAACCAAGUAAUAUGAAAUAUAUGACUAAUAAUGAAAGGUACUUAAAUAGAUUUAAAUAUUUAGAGCAAUUUAUUAAGAGAAAUUAUAAAAAACUGAAGCUUUAUUAAAAGGAUAUAAAGAAUUAUUUGAAAAAGAGAAAAAUAAAGUAGCAUAUUUAAUAUAAAUAAAAAAUGAAAUGGAAAAAAAAAUAAAUGAAUGUUAUAAUUAUAAUGAAUAAAUAAUAAAUGGAAUUAAAAUAAGAGAUUAAAAAAUAGAAUAAUUAUAGACUGAAACUUAAUAUUAUAGAACUUAAUUUGGAAAUUAUAUUGAUUUUCUAAAAAAUAAAAGAAAGAUUAAUUUAAAUUUAUCAUUUUAAUUAAAAGAACAAGCCAAAAAUUUAUAAUAAACACCACCUCCAGUAUCAAAUACUAAAAUAUUAACUGAUUUUGAAAAGGAUCUUGAUGAAGCUGAAUAACAUAUUAGUAUAUUAGAAGAUCCAGUUGAUGAUCCUUCACCUGAUAUUAGAAAAUUUGAUGACUCAGAUCCUUAAUCAAAAUCCAAAAAAAAGAUUAGUAAUAUUUUAGAACCUUAUUAAUCUUUAAUGAGUUAAUAAGAAUGCAAAUAAUUUUUAUUAAAUACUGCAAAAGACUUAUUUAUCGAAUAUAAUAUAAAGAUGAAUAAUUUAAAAAAAAAGUAACUUAUGGAUCCCAAAAAAUGCAUAAAAACUAAACCUAUUUGGCAUGCAAAAUCAUAUAGUGAUCCUUUAGAUUACUUUACCUUACAAUAUCAUAAUCUUUAAGUUUCUGGUUAAUGUGAAAUCAAUCAUAGAAAUAAUUUACAAAAUUCUCAAAUAAAAAAAUAAGGUAAAGAACAUUAAAAGUAAAAAGAUAAAUGGGAUAUUGAUUUAAAUGAAUUAUCUAUUAUUUAAGGAGAGAAAAAUCAAUUUUAUCAUUGA